AUGGCAGACCCGCUCUACGAACUGCUGAUUCCCUAUUUCGAUGCCCAAGACAUCGAUGCACGAAUACGCCCCUCCGCGAGUGAUGCUGUCACCAACGCCUAUCUUGCCCGCCUCACCACCCUACCUCUGGCUGCUCUGACUUCCUCUGAGCUACAGUCGCUAUCCCAAAGUUCGCAUUCCAUCCUACGAUCACUCCAGGCCCUCUCCAAACGCUCACAUAAACCCAUAAUAUCUUCGACGGACCACCUAUCGCACCUCGCUCAGACACUCCCACAGAUAGGCCAGCAUGCCGCAACAGUACAAGCCGAGCUACCAAAGCUGGAGACGGCGGCACAGAGCUUCGCGGACAAGUAUAGCAGAGGCACGGAGAACGCUAUACUGGACCGCCGGAGGAAAGCCAUGCUGCUGUCGCGGAACGUCGACCGCGUCUCCGAUGUACUAGACCUACCUACGCUCCUCUCGUCUGCCAUAUCCUCAUCGACAGCGGCCGCACAAGCUACCACAUCCGCUGCGUCUGCAAAUGCAAACUAUGCUUCCGCUCUAGAUCUCCAUGCCCACAUCAAGCGCCUGCAUACACUCUACCCGAACUCUCGCCUCGUAUCCUCGCUCACCGCCCAAGCCGAACAGGAGAUGAAGACCAUGACGACCAACCUCAUCAGCUCUCUCCAAUCGCAAGGCAUAAAGCUGGCAGGCGCCAUGCGCACCAUCGGCUGGCUUCGGCGCGUCGCUCCCGAACUAGACGAAUCUUGGUCCACCAAACAGGCCAACAUUGGCAGCGGAGAGGGCACAUUGGGCGCCUUGUUUCUUGUAUGUAGGCUAGCUUCUUUGGAGAUGAUGCUAGCAGCAUUGGAUCCCCUCCGCGAGCUUGCAGAUCACGAGACAGAGAAGCGUUUGAGCAAGACAGCCAAGGGCGAUGUAGGCUGGGCAGUGGGCCAACAAACAGAAAAGUACCUGAAAAAGUACCUAGAGGUGUUUCGAGAGCAGAGCUUCGCCAUCAUAUCCAUGUACAAGAGCAUCUUCCCUUCGGCAUUGCCGGCCCCAGGGUCAGAGGAAAGCGCACCUGCCGUCAAAUCGGUCGCAGACCCAAACCCCCUACAACCAAUACCUUCAGCUCUCGCAACCUUCCCACUACAACUCGUCGAGAUGCUCUUCGAAGCUCUUCGCGCAUAUUUACCCAACGUCCAAGAUCGCUCGGCAAGAGACUCGCUUCUCACACAGGUGCUGUACUGCGCUGGUUCGCUGGGAAGAUUAGGCGGUGACUUCAGCAUGAUGAUUGCGAUAUUAGAGGAUGACUUGAGGGCCGAGUUGGAGCAAGAAGUCGAUGAGACGGAAGAGCACGAGAUAGAGGAGGAGUGGGUCGAGGUCAUGAAGAAACACCGUGUACAAGCAUCAAGACUAGAGCUGCUCGCUUCUGGAGUGGGUACUGGAAGGUCAGGCAGCCCUGUAGAGAGAUCCAAAAGUCCUCUGAAGUAA